GUGCAAGCCAACGUUGAAAGAUCAAUCACUUCGCCCAAGACAGUAACUACGACAUCACCAACCCACUAUUGCGAGUCAAAAUCCAUCCAACAUGAGUGGUGAACACACAGGCUUCUUCUAUGGUACCUUGAUGGCGCGCGAGGUGUUCUACAGCGUCUGCUACGGCCAGUCGGACCCGCCAGCUGCAUUCAAGAAGAUGCACACCUUUUCUCCAGCUUUGCUCGAGGGCUACUGCCGUCACCGCGUCCAGUACGCCGACUACCCAGGCAUCAUCGCCGAAGAGGACCACCGCGUCAUGGGUGUCUACGUCACUGGUCUGACGGACGCCAACAUGGUCAAGCUGGACUACUUUGAAGGCUCCGAGUACAAGCGCCAAAAGGUCAAGGUCCAGUUGCUAGACGCGGAGGAUGGCAAGCCCGUGGAGGGCGAGGAGAAGGAGGCCGUGACCUAUGUCUACAUGGACCCCAAGGGUCUCGAACACAAGGAAUGGGACUUUGAGCAGUUCCGCAAGGACAAGCUGCGGUUCUGGAUCCGUGACGGAUGUGCGAAUGAAGAUCCCGACGACAAAGCUGCGGUGGAUGAAGAGACCAAGUAGGCGACCUUGUGGAUAUCUGGGGCGCUUGUUGGUGUCGCCGGCCGCGUGAUCUAUCGUGGGCGCGUAGUAGUGCGUUCGGAGGAUAAGCGGUGAGGGACCCGGGAGACUGGUAUGAAAGGUUAUGAAUUUGGGCAAGGUCAAAGCGUCCUGAGCGCGUCCUGGAAACCUUUAGAAACACGCACCCGGUGUGACCUGAUGAGAUAAAUCUGAUUUCCAGAUAAAACUAC